AUGGACUCUCAGCAUUUUCUUGACUGGCUCUCACUCACCUGUGCAGAACUUCGCGUUAUUCAUGGCAAAAAACCUCGAAUUUGUCUGAUUCUCGAUAAUGCCCCGUGGGAUUUUAAAGAAUCGGAAGAAACGAAAGUCCCUAAAAGAGGAUCACGAAAGCUGAUUUUACAGGAAUGGUUAGAAGAGCACAAGAUCUUUUAUGAAGUUGCUUCAACGUAUAAUGUUGAAAUCAUUCGGCUGCCGGUUCGCCACUGCCAGUUGAAUCCGAUAGAGUUGGCUUGGGCAGGCCUCAAAGAUUAUGUUCGUGAUCGGUUUAGGAUUCGCGACGUCGAAAAUCUGACAAUGGAAUGGUGUGCAGCCUUAGGACCAGAGGUUGCAGGUGGAUAUUUUGAGAAAGUGAAAGAAUAUGAAGAAAUGUUCAAACGGGCGGACGAAAUGAUAGAGACUGAUGUUGAACCUGACAUCGACGAAGAAGACAGCGAAGGAGAAACCACAGAUGACGGACUGAGUGAAGACAAUGAGGAAAUUUAA